UUUAAGAAUUUUGUGCAACAAAGUGACACCACAUGCAACGUUUCCAGUCAGUAUCACUUCCCUUUUCUUCAAUUACCACCACCACUUCCGACCACCGUCCAGCCACCCUACAUGGACCAUUUCACCACCCACCUCCUCCACAUCUCCGCCGCGCUAUUCCUUCUCAUUUCCUUCAACUCACCGCUCUCCGUGUCUUCAAUCGGUAUCAACUAUGGCCAAAUCGCCAACAAUCUCCCCUCACCGGAUAAAGUAGUUCCGUUAAUGAAAUGCAUUGGCGCGGAUAAGGUGAAGCUCUAUGAUGCGGAUCCGAAAGUUCUCAAAGCUUUUGCCAACACCGAUAUCGAGUUUGUUGUAGGAAUUGGUAAUGAGUACUUAUCGAAAUUGCAAGAUCCGGAUGCGGCUCAGUCAUGGGUUAAAACGAACGUCCAACGCUACCUCCCGGCUACUAAAAUCACCUCCAUUGCCGUCGGGAACGAGGUGUUGACGUUUAACGACACUUCGCUCUCCGACUGCUUGCUUCCGGCUAUGCAGAGCAUUCACACUGCUCUGGUUAACCUAAAGCUUGACAGUCAGGUUACUGUUACCACCGCACAUUCUCUAGCGGUACUCCAAACGUCUUAUCCGCCGUCGGCCGGAGCUUUCCGCGACGAUCUAAAAGAUAGCAUUACUCCGAUUCUCGAUUUCCUUUCGAAAACAUGUUCGCCGUUUCUAAUCAACGCGUAUCCGUUCUUCGCAUACAAGGGGAAUUCGAAGGAGGUGUCGUUAGAUUUCGUUUUGUUUCAGCCGAACGCCGGAAUAGUAGAUUCCGGCAACAACUUGCACUACGACAACAUGUUGUUUGCACAGAUUGAUGCUGUAUACGCAGCUCUAGAUCAAUUAGGGUACAAGGAUCUUCCGGUUCAGAUAUCCGAAACAGGCUGGCCGUCGAAAGGAGACGACGAUGAACCCGGAGCGUCACCGGAAAAUGCUAAAAAGUACAAUGGAAACUUGUUUAAGGUGGUGAAUCAAACUAAAGGAACUCCGGCGAAGCCGGAUAACGAUCUUAACAUCUUUGUUUUCGCUUUGUUUAAUGAGAAUUUGAAGCCCGGACCGACUUCUGAGAGAAACUAUGGUUUGUUUAAGCCGGAUGGGAGCCCGGCUUAUAAUCUUGGGUUCUCUGGUAUUUCGGCCGGAGGUAACUCCGGCCGUAACACCUCGGGAGCCUUACCGCCGCCAUAUACCCUGUUGCCGGAUAAUCCAAACAACGGGUACAUGUCGAUCUCGUCGGCGGGAAGAUUUGAGUGGGAGAAUAGCAUGAGAAUCAGAAUUAUUGUCAUGUUGAUGUUGAUUGUGGUGGUUUGAAUGUUAUGAAAAGCUUUUUGAAUUAUUUAUUUGGUUAUGAUCCAAUCAGAGCAUCAAAUAAAGGGGGAAUAAAGAUGGAAAACAAGGGGGGCAAAAGUUGAUAAUUCUGUAAAAGUGGUGUAGGCAGAGGCUUUGUUAUCACAAUUCUUUCAUUACAUGUUACAUUAUCUCUUAAUGUAUUUUCAUUUUUCCAAAAAUAUUUGUUUCCUUUUUUUUAAUGUAAUGAGCCUUUUUUAAUGCAAUGUAUUUUCAUUGAUUAA